UGUUGUUGAAAUUUCCUUUUCUUUACAGGGAAUGGUUGGAAGUUGUAGUUCAAGGCCGUGCCAAGCGCACAAAAUGUGCCAUCAAUCGGGUAAAAGUUCAUACGUGUGUGAAGAUAUAAGUUUAUUAACUUGUAAUAUUGAUCAGCAAAUUGAAAAUGGUAAAAUACUGACUAAUGCGCCGGACGAAAACAAGUUCCUUGAUAAAGCAAUGUUUCAGUGUGACAAUGGAUAUAUUGCAAGUCAACAUGAGGUGAAAUGUAAAGCUUCGGGUGAAUGGCAGGCUGCAACGUGUACGGAAAUGGAAAGAUUAAGUGACUGCAAAGAAAUUCUCGAUAAGUACCCUACAGCAAGGAAUGGGCUGUAUGAGAUAGAACUGUGGAAAUCAGGACAGAUUUUGACUGUAAACUGUGACAUGGAAACUGCAGAUGGUGGCUGGACGGUAACUAUGACGACAAGUUUAUAUAUAUCAAUAUGA